UGCCAACGCCCCGGCGGAGGAGCUGAGGUCAUCAUCGAAUUUGAUAUAUUUAAAGUGGAUACAAAACUGUUUCAGCAAUGCAGACAAUUAAGUGCGUUGUUGUGGGCGAUGGUGCCGUUGGUAAAACAUGUCUCCUGAUAUCCUACACAACAAACAAAUUUCCAUCUGAGUAUGUACCGACUGUUUUUGACAACUAUGCAGUCACGGUUAUGAUUGGUGGAGAGCCAUAUACCCUUGGACUUUUUGAUACUGCAGGGCAAGAGGAUUAUGACAGAUUACGACCGCUGAGUUAUCCACAAACAGAUGUAUUUCUAGUCUGUUUUUCAGUGGUCUCUCCAUCCUCAUUUGAAAAUGUGAAGGAAAAGUGGGUGCCUGAGAUAACUCACCACUGUCCAAAGACUCCUUUCUUGCUUGUUGGGACCCAAAUUGAUCUCCGAGAUGACCCUUCUACUAUCGAGAAACUUGCCAAGAACAAACAAAAGCCUAUCACUCCAGAGACUGCUGAAAAGCUGGCCCGUGACCUGAAGGCGGUCAAGUAUGUGGAGUGUUCUGCACUCACACAGAAAGGCCUAAAGAAUGUAUUUGACGAAGCAAUAUUGGCUGCCCUGGAGCCUCCAGAACCGAAGAAGAGCCGCAGGUGUGUGCUGCUAUGAACAUCUCUCCAGAGCCCUUUCUGCACAACUGGUGUCAGCAUCGUACUAAAAGCAAUGUUAAAUCAAACUAAAGAUUAAAGAUUAAAAUUCG